AUGAGAGAAGUCAAUUUUAGUAUCCCAAACGUCAACAAGGCGUCGGUCGGCAUAACGACCGCCCUCUACGACCGACGAGCUCUCGACUGCACGUCUACUCUUCCUCUCAUCAACUCUCUCAACCAUCUCGCCUACCUCACCACGUCCUCGGCUCGUAUUCGCGAUAUUCUCACAGUCGAUGGCGGCAUCGAGCGCUUAGUAUGCAUCCUCAAACGCGGUCGGAGCAAGGACAUGAUGGAUAUGUGGAAGUGGAACCUGGCCUUCCAGUGCGUCGUCAACAUUGGUGUCAGGGGCACUGAGAACGUCCGCACCAGGGUUGUCGAGGCUGACAUGGUCCCCGUCAUUGCUACCAUUCUCGAUAACUACAUUAAAGUCACCGAGAAGUGCAGAGAUAAGUCGGACGACAAGAGCAAAGAUCACCACCACCGUCACAGGAGCCACGAACACCGCAGCGUACACAAGGCUCCAUCCUUCACCAAUAGAUCCAGCCGAACAGAAGUUGAUCAGAGGGCCUCCAGACGCCAGGCUCCUCCUCCCUCCAUCGACGUUUCUGCGACGUACGCAGGCUCCUCAUCCUCGAGCUCCGCAGUCGAUCAACAAAACACCGAGUCCACACCUACUCCACCCCAGUACCCGCUGGCGUCCUCCGCCGAGCGACCUGCAUUCCCAGCCCAUCGUCACCAUCAUCACCACCACCACCACUAUCGUGCCGCUGAGGCUCGCCAUGCCGUUGCAUCUCCCUCUCGUCAGGUCGUUCAGCCGUUGGCACCCGCCGUGCCUGCCACUGAGACCAUGGAGGGUUUUGUCAGGCCUGUACGCGAUGCUGACCGUCUUGCAUCGAUGAUGACUUUUGGCAACGCAAAUUUGGUCUCGCAACCGUCUUCCCCGACAACUCCCCUGCCGCCUCCGCAGAUGCGCUCUCCUACCGUCCGGCCUACUUCGGGACUUGCACCAACAAACCGCUCUCGUCGCCGCCCUUCCAUCCGUCACCAAAACUCUACCGUCGACUCGGAUGACUUGGUUGGAGAUGACGCGCCUUCCGACGAGUCCCCCGAUGCUGAAAUGUCAGGCACUGGCACUGAGAUUCAGUCUGCCGUAAACAUUCAAGACAUCACAAUGGAAGAGGGUGAUAGUAUCCUGGCUGGCUCUACCACAAUGGAUCUGAAUACCCCAACUGUGUCAGAAACUCAGGAUACUGGAGCCUUCAACAUCACACACCGCGGUCCUGUGGAAACUAGCAACACUGCUGCUACGACGCCAGCCCCUGUGCCUGCCAUCGGUUUGUCGCCGAAUCGACCUACCAUGGUUACACCUCCUCAGCCGGCCAUCCCCAACGCCAGCGUCCCUCGGUAUCUCCUCGACCGACAAUUUGUCCCCAACGCCCAGAUGCUUGCCGCUAUGCCGCGUGAAGAAGACGUCUUGAUGUCCCUUCAGUUGCUUGCAUAUGUCUCUAAGUACUGUGGCCUGCGGUCGUAUUUCCAAAAGAGCCACUUGGUCCCAAGGCUCAAGAUUGGAAAAGAACUCCGCUACCUGGACGGCGAGGAUGCUCCUAAGGAGCAGAUUGAAGAGGAAGAGCUGGAGGAGGAGUUCUUGCUGCCCAACGACUUCAAUAUCUUUCCCCUGGUCGAGAAGUUCACAGUCCGGCACCACAGCACAGAUAUGCAAUACUGGGCUGGCGUCGUCAUGAGAAAUCUGUGCCGCAAGGAUGAUACCCGCGGUGGCAUCCGUCAGUGUGCAUACUACCAGUGCGGCAAGUGGGAAGAGUUCACCCGCCAAUUCGCCAAGUGCCGCCGCUGCCGCCGCACCAAGUACUGCAGCAAGGAGUGUCAAAAGAGUGCGUGGGCCUUCCAUCGCCACUGGUGCGUGGCCGCGACGCAGUGA